AUGACAGAUUUUUUAUAAAAUUAUCUAAUAGGAGGAGUUUCAGCAGCGCUUACAAAAACAGCCUAAGCACCAAUUGAGAGAGUUAAAUUAUUGCUCUAAACAUAAGAUGCCAUUUAAAAAAUCUAAAAUGGAUAAACAAAGAGAUAUAAUGGAAUCAUCAAUUGUUUCUCACGAAUAUUAAAAGAAGAGGUUAUUUGAAUGAUAAAUUAUUCAGGGACUAUUAGCUUUUUGGAGAGGCAACUUCCCAAACAUCAUCAGAUUUUUCCCAGCACAAGCUUUGAACUUUGCAUUUAAGGAUACAUACAAAUAAAUAUUCAACAGAUAUGGUUUAUAAUUAAUAAUAUCUUAAAGACCCAAAGAAAUAGUCAUUCCUCUUUUUCUUAAGCAAUAUGGCUGCAGGGGGUGCAGCUGGUGCUACAUCUUUAAUUGUCGUUUAUCCACUUGACUUUGCAAGAACAAGAUUGGCAACAGAUAUUGGUAAAUAGGCUGAUCGACAAUUUAUUGGUUUGACAGAUUGCUUGAGCAAAAUUUAUAAGUCUGAUGGUUUCAUUGGAUUAUAUAGAGGAUUUGGAGUUACAAUUUUUGGUGUAAUGUUUUAUAGGGCAAUAUAUUUUGGUGCUUACGACACUGCUAUAAAGACAUUUGAUUUGCCAAAUCAUAUAUUUUAUAAAUUUCUUUUAGCUUAAUUUGUCACAUGUACUGCUGGAAUUUUAUCAUAUCCUUUAGAUACAAUUAGACGAAGAAUGAUGAUGUAAUCAGGUAUUUCUUUAUCAUUAUCUAUUAAUUAGGAAGAGCUGAUAUUCUUUAUAAAAAUAGUAUUCAAUGUUGUUAUAAAAUUAUAAAGAAUGAAGGAAUAAGAGGAUUGUUUAAAGGAUUUUUAUUAGAAUUCACUUCUAAAUUAGGAUUCUCAUUAAUGUUAGCUUUAUACUCUAAUAUAUAAUAAUUUUCUAACUUAAAUUGA